UUUCUGUAGUCUUAUCCAAACAAAAAAUAAACCAUUCAAUAGGGCAUUAUACAGAUGAUGAUGAUGAGAAUUGAGAAAGCUCUCUGCUCUCCACAUUGUAGUUAUAAAUUCCCCAGGUUUGAAACUCCAUUUCUCAAUUGAAUUGACUACAAAGUGAGAUUUAACUCAAAUGACCCAAUAAAUCUCAACAGUUAGAAAGAGAAUGGAGAUUAUGCAAAUGGGACAGUGGGAAGAAGCUUCGCGGCAGUCUGACUUUGGGCUUUGCCUUUCUCCGGGCCUACAAUUGCUUGUCACUUCCCUUUCAUAUUUAUCAAGCAUAACAAAUUAGAAAGAAAACAGAAGAGGAAGAAGAAAAGUAACCGAGGAGGGAGGGAGGGAGGGAGAGGGGAAAGAAGAGGAGGGUCUGCAUCAAUCCGUCGUUUUCGUCCCUCAUUGCGAACGUUCCUCAAAUGCAAUGUUGUUCGCUUUGUUCUUAUUUUUCUCAGGGGGGAUUUUUGGUGAAGCCAAUUGUUUAUGAGAUCGCGUUGCCUAGAGGAGUUGUUGGUUUUUCUCGGUUAUGGGUUUCAGCCCAGUUAACGGUGGAAACAGCAGCAACGGGAGCAGUUGCUGUGAUAUGAGUCUCAAGUGCCGGUGUAGAUGGAGAUGGGAUCACUGUUUCCUCUCCUCGACAUUUCUCUUCAUUCUCGUCUCCUUUGUUGUGUUUGGAUCCGUGGCUACUCUUUACGCUUGGCUUAUUUUCUCUCCUUAUGAACGACCGUUUCUUUCUUCCUUCGGUUGCCAAGAUGAUUCUGAGGGUUCAUGGUCGGUCGGCGUCUUCUAUGGGGACUCUCCUUUCUCUUUGAAACCCAUUGAGUCUAAAAAUGUGUGGAAGGAUGAAAGCGCAGCAUGGCCCGUAUCAAACCCAGUUGUUACUUGUGCUUCAGUUUCAGAUGCUGGAUUCCCUAGCAACUUUGUGGCUGAUCCUUUUCUCUACGUUCAGGGUGAUAUGCUUUUUCUGUUUUACGAAACCAAGAAUUCAGUAACCUUGCAAGGAGAUAUUGGAGUUGCAAAAAGUACUGAUGGGGGUGCAACAUGGCAGCACUUGGGCAUUGCCUUGGAUGAGGAUUGGCAUCUCUCUUAUCCAUAUGUUUUUAACCAUCAUGACGAUAUAUACAUGAUGCCAGAAAGCAGUCAGAAAGGUGAAAUCCGUCUAUAUCGUGCAAUUAACUUCCCCCUGCAAUGGGCACUGCACAAGGUUAUCCUGAAGAGACCUCUUGUGGAUUCUGUUAUCAUAAACCAUGAUGGUAACUACUGGCUCUUCGGAUCAGAUCAUAGUGAUUUUGGAACCAAGAAGAAUGGGGAGCUGGAAAUCUGGUAUAGUAGCUCCCCCCUUGGUCCCUGGAAACCACACAAACGAAACCCUAUUUAUAACACUGAUAAGAGCUUGGGAGCUCGAAAUGGCGGUAGGCCAUUUAUAUACAAUGGAAAGCUUUAUCGUCUGGGUCAAGACUGUGGUGAAACUUAUGGGCGGCGAGUCCGUGUCUUCAAGGUGGAGGUUCUUACCAAAGAUGAAUAUAGGGAAGUUGAGGUCCCACUAGGCAUGGAAGAGCCUCAAAAAGGCCGUAAUGCUUGGAAUGGUGCUCGUUACCAUCACCUGGAUGUGCAACAGCUAAGCUCUGGUGAGUGGGUUGGAGUGAUGGAUGGAGAUCGUGUUCCUUCAGGAGAUUCUGUUUACAGGUUUGUCCUAGGCUCUGCUGCAUUUGCAGCUCUGGCUGCAUUGAUUGUACUAGUGGGAGUAUUGCUGGGUGCUGUUAAAUGCAUCAUACCCCUUAGCUGGUGCCCCCACAGCUCUGUAAAGAGAAGUGAUGCCUUUUCAGUUUGGGAGCGUCCACAUUUGUUCUCUUCCAAGCUGAGGCGGUUUUGUACUCGCUUGAACAGGACAAGUUCAUUUUUUAGAGGCCGGAUGAAGCCCAGCACCUGUGCUGGAAAAUCAGUUCUUGCUUUAAUAUUUGUAAUAGGGGUGUGGCUAACGUGCGUGGGGGUUAGAAAUAUAUAUGGUGGCAAUGGUGCAGAGGAACCUUACCCUUGGAAGGGUGCCUAUUCACAAUUCACAUUAAUAACAAUGACUUAUGAAGCUCGCCUAUGGAAUUUGAAGAUGUAUGUGAAACACUACUCAAGGUGUUCAUCGGUGAAGGAAAUUGUUGUGGUGUGGAACAAAGGCCAACCUCCUGAGUUGAGUGACUUUGACUCAGUGGUGCCUGUUAGGAUCAGAGUAGAAAAACAGAACUCUUUGAACAAUCGGUUCAAGUUAGAUCCAUUGAUAAAAACCAGGGCUGUUCUUGAACUGGAUGAUGACAUCAUGAUGACAUGUGAUGAUGUUGAACGAGGGUUCAGGGUAUGGCGGGAACACCCAGAUAGGAUAGUUGGCUUCUAUCCACGACUCAUCAAUGGGAACCCACUGAAAUACAGGGAUGAGAAGUAUGCUCGAACCCACAAAGGGUACAACAUGAUAUUGACAGGGGCUGCUUUCAUUGACAGUAAGGUAGCAUUCAAGAGGUAUUGGAGUGAAGAAGCCAAAGCAGGAAGGGAGGUUGUGGACAAAUACUUCAACUGUGAGGAUGUGCUUAUGAAUUUUUUGUAUGCCAAUGCUAGUUCAUCAAGGACAGUUGAGUAUGUGAAGCCCACAUGGGCCAUUGACACAUCAAAAUUGUCUGGUGCGGCAAUCAGCCGUAACACACAGGUGCAUUAUCAGAUAAGAAGUGAUUGCCUUCUCAAGUUCUCCGAGAUGUAUGGGACUCUGGCUAAUCGGAAAUGUGACUUUGACGGUCGGAAAGAUGGUUGGGAUGUAUAGGCAGAAGGAAUUAACAACAGGUGACUUGCCACCUAUCUUUUUCAUUUUGGGGUUUCUUUUUGCUCUUAUUCUAAUAUUUUGUUAUUAUUUUUUUCUUGUAAGCUGUAUCUAUUUUUUUUCCUUUUUUGGGGGCUGUGGUUUUUGGGGAUAUCAGUAGCUUUGGUUAGUUGAUGUACAUUAAUGGUAUCAUGUCUUUACUUUUUUAUGGGGUGAUGUUUGGUCAGUGUGGGCUUGGUUGAAAGGUUGGUUGGAUGUUGGCAUUCUAGAAACAGAAAGAAAAUCACAAUUUUGAGACCACUGAUGUGUGUCCUGAAUGCACGAAAUGCUUGGGAUGGUUUGAGGGCAAUCCUUUAGGAUUCUUUUGCCCAUUAAAGAACUGAGUAGUGCGAUAGUAUCUGAUUUGAUGCAACAAACAUUUUUGUGAAUUGUAGCAGCCUAAGCUGAAGUGGAUUAUGGAAAAGAAAGAAACUUCAGAAACAGCUUGAUCCAUCCGUUUGAGGUAUUAUUGUAUUAAUGCCUUAGUGGGAACCUAGAUGUGCAGCAUAAGUUCCCAUAAAACUUGAUUGUACAAGCGGUUGAAAGUAGUUCUAUUAUUUGUCAGAAGAAAUGUUUUAUUUAUUUUGUAGCUUUAAUGAAACAAAUAGUACUCUUCUCUCAUACUUUGGAAGAAAUAGAGAAAAAAGAUCUUAUGGGCUUGUGUGUGUGCAGUGUAAGUUCCCAUGAAAUUUGAUUGUACAAGCGGUUGAAAGUGAUUCUAUUAUUUGUUA